AUGAGCGACACCACCGCCAACACUGAGGCUGCGCCUGCCGUUGCGCCUGCCGUCGAGAAUGUUCAGACCGAUGUCCAAACCGAGGCCGUAGAGGCCCCCGUCGCUGAGACUGCCCCCGCCGCCGAGGAGGCGCCCAAGACCGAGGAUGUCAGCAAGGAGGAGGAGAAGAAGCCCGAAGCUACCAAGUCUAUCGACCGCGCCGAUUUCAAGAACAACCGCAAAUACGAUCCCUCGACCCAGCCCGUCACUGACGAUCCCAACAAGAUCCGCAACCAGGUCGAGUUCUACUUUAGCGAUAGCAAUCUCCCCACCGACAAGUUUAUGUGGGAGACGACCGGAGGCGUCGAGAACAAGCCCGUUUCGCUCAAGACCAUUUGCAGCUUCAAGCGCAUGCAGAUGUUCCAGCCCUACUCGGCCGUCGUCGCCGCGUUGAAGGAGAGCGACCUCUUGGAGGUGUCUGGCGAGGAGGGCCAGGAGAUGGUCAAGCGCAAGAAGGCGUACACUUCGUCCACUGAGGCGCAAAAGGCCCGUCUGGCUGCCAGUGUUUACGUCAAGGGUUUUGGCGAAGAGACCCCGUCCACUCAGUUCGAUAUCGAGGCUUUCUUCACCAAGUUCGGUCAGGUCAACCUCGUGAAGCUGAGGCGCAAUGAGGAGAAUAUGUUCAAGGGCUCCGUCUUCGUUGAGUUCAAGACCGAGGAGCAAGCCAACAACUUUGUUGCCCUGAGCCCCGCCCCCAAGUGGCAGGAUCAAGAGCUCGUCAUCAAGAAGAAGAAGGACUACCUGGACGAGAAGACCCAGCUCAUCAAGGAGGGCAAGAUGGAGCCCGGUACCAGCAAGAAGAAGAUCUUCUUCGAGGGCAACAUUAAGGGCGCUGACCGUGGUCGUGGACGUGGCGGCCGCGGCGGCGGCGACUGGAAGUCGCGUCGUGACAACGACCAGAAGAACGGUUUCAAGGGUGGUCGUGGCCGUGGAAGGGGUGGCCGCGGUGGCCGUGGCGGCCGUGGUGGUCGUGACAACCGUGAUCGCAACGACAACAACAACAACAAGCGUGCCCGUGAAGAUGACGGAGACAAGACUGCCGAGCCCGCGGCGAAGAAGGUCGACACUAAGACUGAGGCUGCUGCGCAGCAAUAG